AUGACGCAAGAAAACGAAAGGUCGAAAAAGAAGCGCCGCAUCCGAGUGCGUCUUUGUCUGCCUCUCCACUGGAAGGGCGAGGGUCUUGAUGCAGCCUCCGUGUUGUCGGUUGGUCUUCGGACGUCGUUAGCUGACGUAAAGAAGUCACACAUGAUCAAUCUACUUCCGUUCAGGUUAGAGCGUUUCGCUGCACAGCUGCGUCUGACGCAUUGCGGCGGCCAGUGCCCAAGCAAGAUGACUGCCAUUAUCGACGUGACGCGCAAGUGGCGAAUCUACGGAGUGGAAAACUGGCCGCUAUGGCAAAAGUACGAACGAGCACGGCGGGCUCUUCGAGACGAGAACCGACAUUAAGGCCAUCGUGGAAAUCUUAAUCCACCUUACUUCGAUGAGGAAUGAUAGAUCAAAAGUACUCCUCACCCGGAACAUUUUUGACUACGAAUUUGACCGCGGUUUUCUUGUGGGGCUCUACUACGUAUCUCAACCAAAAAGAUAGAUUGUUGUGCCUAUGCUUGGAUGAAUCUGUAGUGCAGUGUCUCACGAACAAAAUCUACCCUGGUACAGCGGCGUUCAAGAUGGAUCAAUGCAGGAAGACUUUCUAACGAAGGCAAGGCGGGCAAUGCUGCACGAGCAUACAGUGCGACGGACUACUGAAGAGAAUUCACGUGGGGGUGCGUGAGCUCUUCCCAACGUGCCAAUUGCACUUGGCUGCAGAUGUGAACGAAGUGUUCCUCUUUCAUGGGACGGACGCAAUAGGGUGCGAGAAAAUCCUGACUUCUGGGUUCGACUUCCGCAUCGCCAAGGAAAGUUGCCUGUACGGCCAAGGUCUGUAUUUCGCCAGCAACGUCUGCAAGAGUCUGCAGUACACCGGCAGCAGGCACAAAAAUAAGAAGUACGAGAAAUCUAAAAAGCAUCGAAAAACGGAAAAAACAGGGUCCCUAAUUAUCGCGCGGGUCUUGAUCGGGGAGCCCUGCCUUACCGACCGUGUGUGCAGGGGAGGCGAAGCGACCACCAGAAAACACGAAGCGCAACGGCCAUCCGUAUGAUUCGAUUAUCGCGGAUGUCGGCCCAAAAAAACGCUCCGUAGACGGUUCCUCGCAUGCACACCCUGGAGGACACGCAUCAGGAGUUCGUCAUUUUCGACAGAUUCCACGCAUAUCCCGAGCUCCUGAUCGAGUACACAGUUCCAAGCGAUGACUAAUCAGUGCCUUCUUCUAAACAAUGAUCCAUGAGUCAGUUAUCUAAUUCAAAUCAAUGACGUGUCGAAGACAGCUGCUUACGACAUAGUCUAUCGCGACCGUUUACGGUCUUGCUGAUGCUUUGAUGUGAAAUCGGGAGAGGGUUUGGAUUUUGAUUUUUCUCAACAACAGUCCAUCGCAUGUUGGAAGACAGCCCAAAAAUGAGAAGGUGCAGAUGUAUGUAGUCAGUGCCUCCAAAAAAAAAAACCGAUUUUCUCUGGAAACAAAACGCGAAGCAGUGAACCG